CUGUCUCUCUCAAAAAUAAAUAAACAUUAAAAAAAAAUUUUUUUUUAAGAAGUGUACUCCAGGAUUUGGAGAAAGUUCUUUGCAUCACUUUGCACUAGAAAGUUCUUUGCAUCACUUGGAAAAAGAAGUGGUUUUGAUUUGUGCUUUUUAAAAAUAUUAAUCUCUUGAGGCUUCUUAUUAAUAUUUUUAAGACUUGACAAAUUAUCAGUACUUCUCUAGUGGUCUCAAACUGUUGUUGGACUGCUUAUAAAGUAGACUACUUUCCCAGUAGGAUAGCUCAGCCAAGGGUACUUGAGGGAAUAUUAUAGAACAUAAUACUAGAUACUCUACACUAGAAUAACAAACUUUAGAAUUUCUGAUGCAGCAGAAAGACCACUGAACUUGGCAGGUGGAAGACUUGGGUUCUGGUCCUAGUUAGUGCUGACAUUUUCCAGCUGUUAGACCUUGGACAAGUCAGUGAACCAAUUUGGUCAAUGCCUCCAACUGCCUGACUCCCCUCAACCUCAGCUGGUGACUGACUUUAACAUAGGGUAUCAGGACAGCUGUAAGCAACUUCACCUUCGCUUCCCUCCACCUCAGAAUCUCUCUUUCUCUUCAGCUAUUCUUUCUUCCUUUGCUCCCAUCUCAAAAGGCUAUGCUCCCAUCUCAAAAGGCUACAGGUCCCUCCUUGCACAGGUGAAUGCCUUCAUUGUGGCCCUGCCCUCAUCAUUUAGCCCGCCCUGGUGUUCUCUCUCUAGUGUCUUUCUCCCUUUUGCUUAUACUUCUGUCCAUUUUACAAAAAAGGCCGCUUUUGGCCCUGGCUUCCCUCUUGUUGCUUUUACCAUCACACUUCCUCAGACUAACAUCCUGGUCUGGGGCCUCAUUCCCUCCCCCACCACCCUCCUUAAUCCUGAAAUCCGAUCUGAUCUGUGCCCUCCCUCUGUCUCCACAGUUGCUCUUGGGAAGUUCAGCUCCCAGUUGCUAGAGCCUUGUCUUCGUCAGACUCUGCAGCAUCAGUUCCGUGGGCUGUGCUGUCCUCAAAUUGCCCUCCUCCGUGUCUGUCUGCAGCAUUGCAGGCUUCAGGUUCUUCCUCUAAGACAUCCUGAUCUCUGUCUUCUCUGGCCCCAUCAUCCUCUUCCACCCACCAUUGGAAUGGGGCAGCCCUCCAAGCCCUUGACUUUCUUUCUUCUCUAUUCCUCACCUGAGUGAUAUCCUCUCUCGCUGGUAUGCUCUGGUAUCAACCGACUCUCAGCUGAGUGAGCACAGUUCUUGGGAUUCUGUUCUGCUGACUGUGUUCUGAUUUCCACACCAGGGCCUCAGCAGAAAAGUUUCCACCAAAGCACCUUUUCUGCCUGACCCCUCUGCCCCCACUCUUGUGAGUUGAAUAAACACUCUGGUGACCUAGCCUUGAAACCUGGCAGCCAUUUUUGAUCCCUACCUCUCAUUUAACUCCACCUCCAAUCAUUUUCUUAGCAUCCUUCCCUGGUCCAGCCCUACCAUUAUCUUGUUCUCUCUCCCUCUCUCCCUUUUCUCUUCUUUAUAGACCAGCUUUUAUUUCUGACACCUGAUCAAUUAUCCUAAAGUAUAUUCUGGCUUUUCAAAGAACUUUAAUGGCUUCCCAUUUUAGACCAAAAGAGGUUCAGACUUCUCAGUCUGCCAUGUCAAGUCUCUUUCUGUCUUGCUCUGCUUUGUCUUCCAGACUCACCUCCAGUACGUCCCUAUAUGCACCCUGUGGGGUCAGACUUACCAUUUUACCAAUGUAACUACCUCUGUUCUCUCUGCUCAUGCCUUUCUGUUCAGUUCUUAGCUAUCUCAUCAAGACACAUGGUCAUAUCCCUUCCCUCUAUGAAGACCUUAAUUCUCUUAAUGCUCCUUGAAUCUUUGUAGUCCAUUUUUAACAGUACUACUCAGAAUUCUGGUUCACAACAAGAUAAUGAGUUCAUAUCAGAAUGUCAGUCAACCCACUGCUUUCUUCAUCGAGGAAGUCUUGCUAUGAAAAAAAAUAUCAGCAGAGCUAAAUAAUGUACUUGGUAAUAAACUGAUUUACAUUCUGGCACAAGCUCCUUAUGACAUUGAGUGAGUAGGAACAGCUCACAGACAGGGUCCUGGGACCACACUUUGGUUUAUCACUCUCUGUCGCUUCACAUAUUGCCUGGUGGUGUGGUUGACUGUGUGCUAGAAGGUCAGCUUCUCAAAAGUGAGGGUUGAAUCUUAUUUCUUUCUGUUUCCAAUACAUGCAGUAGGUACUCAAUACGUUUAUUGAGCUGACAUCCAAGGCCACUCUUAGAGCUCCGAUUUUUAUGAAAUAAAUGUUUUUCCUGCUCAGUCUUUGGGUAGGGGCAGCAACAAUAGGAUCCGGAAUAAUUCAUUAGAUAGGGUGUCAAGAUAUGCCUGCCCCAGGGGGUUAAGGGUCUCAUUUUGCCCUCUGUGUUGAUGGUCACCUCAGUGCCCUGUGGAUCAACCCAGGGGUUGACAGGAAGGAAACUGGGGAGAGCAACAGGGGAAGAGAUGGGCAGGCAAAGAAGAAAGCUGAGUCAUGCCAAUGAUGAUGCUCUUAGCAGCAAUUAACAGACCCUCCAACCAAUAUGUUUAAGAAUCCCUUGAGAUAAAGGUCUGAAGACAAAAGUUCCAGUGCUGGUUCAGUUGCUCAGGGAUGUCAUUAAGGAGGUAGGCCUUUUCAUCUCUUUGCUAUUUUCAGUGCAUCAGCGUGCUCCUACUCAUGGUUGCAAGGUGGCUGAAGCAGCACUAAAGCAAUACUUCCUCACGUGGCAGUGUCCAAAGCAGGAAGGAAGAGGUGGAUGGGAAGCGGGUGGGGUUCUCCUCAGGAGUCUCUCUCUGUUCGUCAGGAUGAAGCCUUUCCCAGAAGUCCCUAGGACACUCUCCUCUCAUCUCACUGGCCAGAAUCUGCCAGGGAGCUACAAGGAAAGCUGAGAACAUGAGCAUGGGCAUUUUCAGCUUCUGCAAAUAGGCUGUAGGCGAAGAAGAAAGGGGUUGGAGAACCACCAACAAAAUGUGCCAGAAGAGUCCUGAAGUAGUAGUGAUGGGAUCAGACAGGUACUAGGGAAAGAUAGAGAGAAGGCAAAAUCAGAGGGAAGAGCUCAUAAGGAAAACCCAAACUUGACAAGAGAUAUUGCUGAGAAUAAGAACAACAUAAUCCUUCAGAGUCACUCAACAUUUGUUGUGAGUCCAGGUCCUUUUCCAGUUACCUCACGUGAUUCUUAUCCAAGCCUUUUGGCUGGCAUUACCGACCCGUCUUAUGGAUAAGUAAACCAAACUGGGAAGGCCAAGACUGUAGUCCCCAAAGCUUGCCUAGAGACCAGUGCUGAGUUGAUGUAUCAGAUUUACCUAGCCCCUAAUCAGCUAGUCUGGAGGGGUCACACAGUGUCACACAGAGAAUAAAUGGCAGGUCACGUUUGAAACCAGAGCUUCUCUCUCCAGCAAUAAAAACAACUAACAUUUGGCAUUUAUUAACAAAUUUGGGGCGCUAUAUUAAGUGUUCUGCAUGUACUACCUUAUUUAAUCCUUAGAUUACCCUAUGAAAGAGGUACACAUUUUAUAAUUUCUGACAUUAUGGUAUUACAAGUAAUUUGCUUUCUGGUGGUGGAGUCUGGAGAAGACUUGCGGAAAUGGCACCUCUCAAGGGGAAGGAAAAGAAGGAAGAACAGGUCAUCAGCCUCAGAUCUCAAGUGGCUGAAGGAGAAAAUGUGUUUGGUGUCCACCGCAUCUUUGCAUCCUUCAGUGACACUAUUGUCCAGGUCACUGAUCUUUCUGGCAAGGAAACCAUCUGCUGUGUGACUAGUGAGAUGAAGGUGAAGGCUGACCGAGAUGAGUCCUCUCCCUUUGCUGCCAUGUUGGCUGCCCAGGAUGUAGCCCAAAGGUACAAGGAGCUGGGCACCGCUGCCCUCCACAUCCAACUCCAGGCCACAGGAGCAAAUAGGACCAAGAUCCCUGGCCCUGGAGCCCAGUCAACCCUCAGAGCCAUUGUCCACUCAGGAAUGAAGAUCGGGCAGAUUGAGGAAGCCACCCCCAUCCCCUCUGAUAGUACCUGCAGGAAGGGGGGUUGCUGUGGUCACCGUCUAUGAACAGGAUUUCUCAAAUUAUUGUUUUCUGUUAAUAAACUGCCUUUGUAUAAGCUUUAAGAAAAAGAUAAGUAAUUUGCCAAUAUUGCCCAGUAGUAAAGUGACAGAGUCAGGAUUUGGACGCAGGCCUUCUGACUCCAGAGCUGACACUUUAAAGUUACUGAUACAUUCUGCUGCCUGUCUAGGUUCCAGGUUCCAAAUGCUUAGCCCAUGGCUUUUUCUGCUCUGUGCUCUCUAUAAAUGUCAUUGUGACAAAUCUUAAAUCACAACCAGCUAAGGGAAAAACCCUGGUGGGCAUAAAACCGUCAUCCUGUGAUUGGUGGAGAGAACUCCGGCACCGAAUUCUUGGGAUUAAAGCCUCAUGGAGAAGAUGCUCCCAUCUGUGCAUGAUGGGGUGGGGGCUAACUCGGCUAGGGAGAAGGCAGCUUCAGGUUGAAAGGAGAAAUCAGUGGUUGGUGUGGCGCUUCUCCGCUCCGCUUCCUACAUGAGCCUGUAACUGUGUACAGUGAAUGGCAGAAAGGAAAUAGUCUUUUAUGUCGUGGGGCUUUGUUCCCAUGAUGGUAAUCCUCUAUUUUAAUGCUGAUAAGUACAAUAGUGAGGAUUAUGCUCCUUAAUUUAAUUUGGCCUGCAUAUGGCAAAGCUCUUGCCAGGCUUUUAUUUGACAUUCUUUAGCACAGCUAGCCUGUUGUUAUAUAACAAGAAGCCCCUAUAACGGAGGCAGGAGAUUGAUAAUGCUGGUGCACGUGUUUCUACCCGGCGGCUCGUUACACACCUCCAGAGAAACCGCUUCCUUGUGGGCCACUUCAGGGAGGAUUCGGACUCCGAGUGACGGGAAUCUUCAUGACUCAGGCAGCUCGAGGAGAGCUGGCACCUCGCAAGAGGGGAAAGCGAGCACAUAUUUCUCCCACUCUGGGGCUUGGAGCCAACUGGGCUGACCUCAGAAUGGAUGAGCCAGAGAAACAGCCUCCCAGUCAGGGCCAACUGUGGGCCAGAUCUUCAUGUGGGCUGUAAAAGUACAGAUUGCCACAUAUCUUGACACACACACUGCGUGGGGGGUCCCCGCAGAAAUAUGUGGCAGUGCUAAGAAGAUUAAACAAAACAAAACUUCCCUUAUGUAUCAGGAGGACCUUUCCUCUCCCACCCUUCAGUCCCCGUACUCCUUUUUCCUUCCACUUCUGUUUCUCCCCCUCCGGAGGCGGGUGCCCUCCAGCCAAGUGCCUACUGCCAGGGCCAAGUUAAUGCACUAGGCAUUAGAGGAACUUAGACACCGAAGGAGGGUGGCGGCAGGUAUGGGCGCAGUGGUAGAGGUGGUGGCCUUCUUCUAGGAAGUGCUCGUGAUGUGGGAGAUACGCUGUGUGUUAUCUCCUUUGGGUAGAAAGCAGAUGGGCCUUGGUGACAGUCCUGAGUUUAAAUAAUAGUUCAGCUUCUUAUGAACUACGAGUCUUUGGUCAAAUCCCUUCAUCUUUCUGAAACUCGGUGUCCUGGGCUGCAGAAAGGGCGUGAUUGUGAGGAUUGGAGAUGAUCUCUGCAAGGGAACUAGCAUAGCUCUAGAUACAUGGUAAAUGCUCACGGGAUGAUAACACGCUGCUGUUGGUUGUGGUGAUGGAAGUGGUAACAACAGUAGUAUGUGCAAGCUAGCCUGAGGCGAAGAGUCAAGGCUCCUCUGGCUUAGCUGUAAGGCUUUAGACUAAAAUACACAUUGAGGAUUCCAGCACUUUAGAAACUUUGAACAGCCCUCACUCUCUGCUUUAACGUGAGGGUCAUAUUUUAUUUUCUUGUGUUCCUGGCUUUUAUGCCAGGGAUAAACGUGAGGUUGAGUUUGGGCCCGACUCACCCUUGCCAAUAUGGCCAGGGUUUCACUGGCACAGCCUCAAGUGGUAACUUCCAGAGCUUACUCGAUUGUUAGGGCCUUCUUGGAGUUUCUUGAUUUUUAAAGUACUCAUUGGUCACAUUUAUUUUCAAACCGUUUUUGAAGCCAGAAAUCUUAUCACCAGCUGAAAGGAGCUUCAAGGAAAAAUCUGUUUUGAGUUAUAUUUUUCCUUGUGGAUUUGCUUAUGGCUGUACAUAAAUAUUUAUCUGAACUAUUUCAACAAACCUUAAAUCAUCAGUGGAUCAGUGAUCCUUAUGCAAAAGACCCUUUUAGAAGGAUUGUGGAUGUCAAGAAUGUCAGCAGUCCAAGUUCUUUUUGGAGGACCAAAUUCCAAAGUCUAGUGCCCUCUUUUAAAAUUAUCUGGAGCUGUUUGGUGAUUUUCAGUAUGUCUUUUGUUUUCCUGUUUCUGUAUACCUGUCCAUGCUAUUCCUUCUGAAUAGAAUUUCCUUGACAGUUCUUUCUUUACCUGGAAUAUUUUACUCAUCCGUCACGCUAUCACCCAUGUGGCACCUCAUGCAGGGUUUUGAAACAGACUAGAGCUAGGAGAAGACCAUCCCAGGUGGGAGAAAGAGUGAACCAUGGUCCAGAGGCAUGAUGUGCAGGGGGCACAACAAGAAGGCGAGGUGUCCAGUGGGAUGAAGGCAGAGGGUGUGGUGGGAGGGACGUGAUGCAGGGAGAACUAUAAUGGGCAAUAAAGCAGAUAGGAGCCAAGAUGUGGGAGGCUUAAAGAUGCACAAAAUGUUUUGGACCAUAUUCUAUAAGCUGAAAAAUGUACACAUACAGUCAUUGAGUAGAAUAUGGUCUGCAGACGUAUUUUGGUUGGCCUGAACAAUGUUUUUAAAAUUCUUAAUUUAGUUUCCAACUUAUAAAAAUAGAAAGACUUCAUGGAACAAUUCAGAUUUCUGACGGCUUUAAAAAAUUGUUGUAUCUAGCAGCAGUCUGCUGGGACCGAGUAGAGGGUGUCUUCCAUUGAUUCCUACUCACAGACUGCUUAAUUCAUGGCCUGGCCCCACCAGCAUCUGAGUUUGACUCCUGUCCACUGUGUUCAGGGGCACCAUGCAGGCAGAGGAAGCAGUUUAGGCUAUGGACUCUGGAGCCAGAUUGCUUCUGUCUAGGCUCAGGUCCGUGUCCAACUAGCUCAGUGACCUUGGGCAAGUUAAGCACAUGUCUAAUAAUGGUACCUAUCUCCUAUAACCAUUGUGAGAAUAAAUUAUAGGAAAUGUUUAGAAGACUACCAGGCGUGUAGUAAAUGCACAGAAAUGUUAACUGUUAUUACUAUAGUCUAUAUGUGAUAAUAAACUCCAGGGUUGAAACUGUCACUCAUUUCUGGAUAACAGCUGAAUCUGGAUCUUGGGCCACUAUAAGCAUAAGGGUAAUUGAUGAACGGAUGAAUGAAUUUUUACUUCUGUUAGAUCCAAAGCUAAAUUUAAUUAGUUUUCCCUCAAGAAAUGCUUCUUAUUUAUGUUGAGUUUGACUUCAACAUAAUAAUUGAUUUUUGAUAAAGUAGGAAUCUGGCUUUCUCAGAAACCCAACAGUGCUAACAAAAUAAGUGAAUGGAAAUGUUAACAUUGUCUCAUUUUUCUGUAAUGGAUCUAACUUCCUAACUCAGAAAUGAGACCUGGGGUGCCUGGGUGGCUCAGUCAGUUAAGCAUUGGACUUUUGAUCUCAGCUCAGGUCUUGAUCUCAGGGUCAUGAGUUCAAACCCUGCAAUGGGCUGCAUGCUGGGUGUGAAGCCUACUUAAAAAAAAAAUUAAGACCCAAGUUUGGGAAGAUGCUUAAUUAUGUAUUUUCUUUAUGAAGCAGAGUUAUUGGCAGGUAACUGCCUAUGGUUACUAUCUUAAUUUAGAGUUAGCUGCUAGGAUCCAGACAUAGUGAACUUAAGCAGAAAUAUUAGAACACAUUUUUUGAAGUUUAUUUAUUUAUUUUGAGAGAGAGAGCGAGAGACAGAGAGAAAGCGGGUGGGGGAGGGGCAGAGAGAGAGAGAGAGAGAGAGAGAGAGAGAGAGACAGAAUCCCAAGC